CACACCAGCAGCAUGCCAUGUCUUCAUGUUAUGACAACAGCAGGAUUAAUGCUUAAACUUGUCCUCUGAAGGGGUGUCUUCUUUAAGACACUUCACAAACAGCGAAAGUGAAAUAUGGCAGGGAAUGUGCACACUGCGUCCUAUCUGACCAUGUGGGACACACCCACUCUGCCCUAAGGAUUAUGGGAAUGUGGAGGACACUUUAGAUUGAAGAGUGCAGUUCAGACCCAGAUGAGCAUGAGGAGGUUUUUCCGAGCUAACAGGGAGGAAGACUACAGUCAGAUCCAGUAUCUGACGGCCAAGUGCACCCGCCUGGCUCAUGACAAAGCAGUGCUUGACAGGGAGUUCCUGCUGUCCAGAGACAGGGAGAGGAGGCUGCAGAAUGAACUGGAAGUUGUGACCGCCCGACUCCACCACCAGGAGCAACUGAACAUGGAGCUCAGGAUGGGACAGGACCAACUCGUCAGCAAGCUCCACCAACAACAGUACCUGGUGGACUUGCUGCAGCAGCGUGUGGUUCUGCUCGUGAAGGAGAGCUCCCGAGAUGAGGAGCUGCUGCGGCAGGUCGGCUCAGAGCUGUUGUGUCUGCAGAGCUCUGAGGUGAAGCUGGAGGGCCUGGUGGAGGAGCUUCAUGCUGAGGCCCAUCGCAGUGCUGUGGUGGCAGAGGGCCUCCAGGCAGAGCUGCAUGCUGAGGCCCAGCAUAGAGCUGUGCUAACAGAGAGCCUGAAGGCAGAGCUGUGCAGUAAGACGAUGGAGCUGGAGGACCUACAAGACACCAACAAAACGUUGAUAAAGGAGCUGCAGGAUUUACGCAGAGCUCAUCAGAAGGAGGUGAACGAACUGCAGCUGCAGAAUGAGGGGAGUCUUGGGAAACUACAGGAGACAGCAGAGCAGUUUGAGUGGCUUUGUCAGCAGCAGCGCUACUGGAUGUGCUGUGUGAAGAGAUUCAAAUACUCUCUGAUGGAGGAAAGAGAAACUCUGCUGCAACAGGUCAGCAUGUUGGAGAAGAAGGCUGAGAAACUGGAGAGUUUACACGUUGACAGUCCCACGCAGAAUGUCUUCUGUCCCCUACAGGACACUACAUGCUGUGACAGCAGUAUAACAUCGUGGGAUGCCGAUGCAGAGGCUGACCUGGAGUCUCAGGUGGAGAAGUCAAACACACUGCAUGAGGAGCUCUUUAACCAGGCGGGGAGCCCUAUCAACGGAUACCAAAAACCUCCUUGAGGACAGAAGCCUGGAGCCUGAACUCGUCUUCUUUUUCUCUUCCCACCUUCUGCAAACCAGAAGAUAACUACUAGAUGUUUGUCUGUGUGGUUAACUUUGUGGAAUACUUCCCAGUCAUUGUCAGAAAAAAACCCUCAAAAUACCUGUAAAACCACACAUUUAUUGUUUUUUCUUCCACUAUUGUCCACCUGUCUUGAAAAGAAUCUACUUUCGUGAUAUAUGACUGAA